CUUCCGGAAGGUUCGGGAGGCUUCUGGAAAAGGCGCCGCGCGCUGGGCGGGCCCGGCGGUAUAUAAGGGAGGCGCGGGGGCGGCGCGCCAGUUGCUGCUGCGUCCCGGCGUCGCUGUGUCGCGGAGCCUCUGCGGUCCUUUCGCCAAGAUGCCCGAGGAGACCCAGGUCCAGGACCAGCCCAUGGAGGAGGAGGAGGUGGAGACGUUCGCCUUCCAGGCGGAGAUCGCGCAGUUGAUGUCCUUGAUCAUCAACACGUUCUACUCGAACAAGGAGAUCUUCUUGCGCGAGCUGAUCUCCAACUCGUCGGACGCUCUGGACAAGAUCCGUUACGAGAGCCUGACGGACCCCAGCAAGCUGGACUCGGGCAAGGAGCUGCACAUCAACCUGAUCCCCAACAAGCAGGACCGCACGCUGACCAUCGUGGACAGCGGCAUCGGCAUGACCAAGGCCGACCUGAUCAACAACCUGGGUACCAUCGCCAAGUCGGGCACCAAGGCCUUCAUGGAGGCGCUGCAGGCGGGCGCCGACAUCUCCAUGAUCGGCCAGUUCGGCGUCGGCUUCUACUCGGCCUACCUGGUGGCCGAGAAGGUGACGGUGAUCACCAAGCACAAUGACGACGAGCAGUAUGCCUGGGAGUCGUCGGCGGGGGGCUCCUUCACGGUCAGGACAGACACAGGUGAACCUAUGGGCCGGGGAACAAAGGUGAUUCUGCACCUGAAAGAAGACCAGACUGAGUACUUGGAGGAACGGCGGAUAAAGGAGAUCGUGAAGAAACACUCGCAGUUCAUCGGCUAUCCCAUCACCCUUUUUGUGGAGAAAGAACGUGAUAAAGAAGUAAGCGAUGAUGAGGCUGAAGAGAAAGAGGAGAAAGAGGAGGAAAAAGAAGAAAAGGAGUCUGAGGACAAGCCAGAGAUAGAGGAUGUCGGCUCUGAUGAGGAAGAAGAAGAGAAGAAGGAUGGCGACAAGAAGAAGAAAAAGAAGAUCAAGGAGAAGUACAUCGACCAGGAAGAACUCAACAAAACCAAGCCGAUCUGGACCAGGAAUCCUGACGACAUCACCAACGAGGAGUACGGAGAGUUCUACAAGAGCUUGACCAACGACUGGGAGGAUCACCUGGCGGUGAAGCAUUUUUCCGUUGAAGGACAGUUGGAGUUCAGAGCGCUUCUCUUUGUCCCGAGACGUGCCCCGUUUGACCUGUUUGAAAACAGGAAGAAGAAGAACAACAUUAAGUUAUAUGUUCGCAGAGUGUUCAUCAUGGAUAACUGCGAGGAGCUGAUCCCUGAGUACCUGAACUUCAUUAGGGGUGUGGUGGACUCUGAAGACCUUCCUCUAAAUAUUUCUCGAGAAAUGUUGCAACAAAGUAAAAUUUUGAAAGUUAUCAGAAAGAAUUUGGUCAAAAAGUGCUUAGAACUCUUUACUGAACUGGCAGAAGAUAAAGAGAACUACAAGAAGUUUUACGAGCAGUUCUCUAAAAAUAUUAAGCUUGGAAUCCACGAAGACUCUCAAAAUCGGAAGAAGCUUUCAGAGCUGUUACGAUACUACACAUCUGCUUCUGGAGAUGAGAUGGUUUCUCUCAAGGACUACUGCACCAGAAUGAAGGAAAACCAGAAGCACAUCUACUACAUUACUGGUGAAACUAAGGACCAGGUUGCCAACUCUGCCUUUGUGGAGCGUCUCCGGAAGCACGGCCUUGAGGUGAUCUACAUGAUUGAGCCGAUCGACGAGUACUGUGUCCAGCAGCUGAAAGAAUUUGAGGGGAAGACUUUAGUGUCUGUCACCAAAGAAGGUUUGGAACUUCCAGAAGAUGAAGAGGAGAAAAAGAAACAGGAAGAGAAAAAAACAAAGUUUGAAAAUCUCUGCAAAAUCAUGAAAGACAUCUUGGAGAAAAAAGUCGAAAAGGUGGUCGUGUCCAACCGACUGGUAACGUCCCCGUGCUGCAUCGUCACAAGCACGUACGGCUGGACAGCAAACAUGGAGAGGAUCAUGAAGGCUCAAGCCCUGAGGGAUAACUCAACCAUGGGCUACAUGGCAGCAAAGAAACACCUGGAGAUCAACCCCGACCACUCCAUUAUCGAAACCUUGAGGCAGAAGGCGGAGGCUGACAAGAACGAUAAGUCGGUGAAGGAUCUGGUCAUCUUGCUCUACGAGACGGCUCUCCUGUCCUCGGGCUUCAGUCUGGAAGACCCCCAGACCCACGCCAACAGGAUCUACAGGAUGAUCAAACUCGGCCUGGGUAUUGACGAAGAUGACCCUACUGCUGAGGACUGCAGUGCGGCUGUGACGGAGGAGAUGCCACCCCUGGAGGGAGACGACGACACCUCGCGCAUGGAGGAGGUGGACUGA